AUGAAGUGUAUUGGAGUCAAGAGAGAGGCUCUUGAGCUGGAAAGACUGGCGAAGUCGCACAUUGUAGAUUUAGAAAUCGUGUAUGCUAAGAACUGUAUAAAUAGCACUGUGACGGUUGAGGACUUAGUUUUUGGAUUCGAAAGCAGGUGACUUCACUAGAUUAUCACUGGAUUGCCAGAGUACUUUGACAUCUUGUUGUUUCUAUUAAGAAAGCACCAUCAUUAGCUCAGUUUCUACCUUGAAACAUUUUUACAAACCAUGCUAAUCAAAAGAAGAAAAGUGUGAUCUCCCCAGGUAUCGUAUCAUUUGUAGCACAAAUAUCCAGAAAUACCAUACAUGGAAGUUGUUCACAAGAAGACGCAGCUGGAGGUCUUCAAGCCGAAUUUAAAUGCUUUUUUUAUGUGGUCUGUUUGGAUGCCUCUCAGCAGUCGGACUAUAUGGUGUGUGAAUGUACAA